AAGCUUGUGAUUUUCAGCUCUUGUAUUAGGCUAUAAAUGAUAUGUUGUUAUCCCAUUUUCAGCAAAUCAGAACAUUCAUCCAGAUGAGGACUAACCUGAAGGUGGUUGAUAACUCUGGGGCCAAGCGGGUGAUGUCCAUCCAGUCCUUGAGGGGGAAGAAAGGAGCAAGGCUCGGGGACAUGAUCAUCGGAUCCGUAAAGGAGGCCCAGCCUUGUGGCAAGGUCAAGAAAGGAGAUGUAGUCUACGGCGUGGUCGUCCGCGCCGCCAUGAAGAAAGGGCGCAGCGACGGCAGCGAGGUCCAGUUCGACAACAACGCGGUGGUCCUCGUGAACAAGAAGGGCGAGCUGAUCGGCACCCGCGUCUUCAUCCCCGUCCCCCACGAGCUGAGGAAGAAGAAGCACCUCAAGAUCGUGGCCCUGGCUGAACACAUCGUUUGA